CCGCUGUUCUGCACCGCCAGGCGGAGACAGUAACGGGUCAGAGGAAAAUGGCGGACGGUGUGGAUCACAUCGACAUCUACGCCGACGUCGAGGAGGAAUUCAACCAGGAAGCUGACUACCCGGUUCAUGAGCAGAUCGACCUGUACGAUGAUGUAAUAUCCCCAUCGGCCAAUAAUGGUGAUGCGCCAGAAGACCGUGACUACCUGGACACACUCCCUGCGCCAGGUGGCACAGAAGGAGGGAAAAGCGCCCCACCCAAUGUGGUAUACACCUACACAGGCAAAAGGAUUGCCCUAUACAUUGGAAACCUCACAUGGUGGACGACAGAUGAGGACCUGACAGAAGCAAUCCGAUCAAUAGGGAUCACAGAUGUGCUGGAGAUCAAAUUCUUUGAAAACAGAGCCAAUGGACAGUCCAAAGGGUUUGCUCUGGUGUGUGUGGGCUCAGAGGCAUCAUCCAGGAAGUUAAUGGAGCUUCUGUCAAAGAGGGAGCUCCAUGGCCAGAAUCCCAUCGUCACACCAUGCAACAAACAGUCCCUCAGCCAGUUUGAGAUGCAGUCACGCAAAAGUACCCAGUCAGGCCAGAUGUCUGGGGAAGGUAAAGCCGGUCCCCCUGGCGCUGGCCCUCGUGGAGGUUUUCCCAUGGGUAGAGGCAGAGGAAGGUUUCCUGGACCACCUGGCCCUGGAGGAGACCGCUUUCCUGGUCCCGUUGGGCCUGGAGGGCCACCACCACACUUCCCUGGCUCGGGGAUGAGACCAGAUCUGAUUAGGCACCAAGAUGGCCCUCUGAUGGAUAUGAAUUUCAGUCCCUUCCCGCCGGGGGGCAGGAACGGGAGCUGGCGUGGCAGAGGUGGGAUGCAGGGUCCCCCACGGCCCCCUCCCGGUCCACCUGGUCCACCAGGCCCUCCAGGACCUCCACCUCCUGGCCAGGGUCUUCCCCCUCCCCUUGCUGGUCCUCCAAAUCGCGGCGACAGGCCUCCUCCCCCUGUUCUCUUCCCUGGUCAGUUUGGCCAGCCACCAAUGGGACCCCUACCGCCAGGCCCCCCUCCUCCAGGUUACGGCCCUCCCCCUGGCCCCCCACCCCCCCAACAGGGCCCCCCACCCCCAGGACCAUUCCCUCCUCGUCCCCCAGGCCCCAUUGGGCCCCCCAUGGCUUUGGCUCCACCUCCUCACAUGCCAGGUCCUCCACCAGGUGGCCCACCACCAGCACCGCAUGUCAAUCCUGCCUUCUUCCCUCCACCUGGCAACAACAGCAUGCCCCCCAACGACAGCCGAGGACCCCCAGGACCAAACGACCCAUACGGACGCCCUCCACCUUAUGAGAGAGGAGACUAUGGUCCCGGAGGCCGGGAGAUGGAGGCGUCACGGACCCCUCUGAGCGAGGCCGAGUUUGAGGAGAUCAUGAACAGGAACAGAGCCAUCUCCUCCAGUGCCAUAUCUAGAGCGGUGUCUGACGCCAGCGCAGCUGACUAUGGCAGCGCUAUAGAGACCUUGGUGACAGCCAUCAGUCUGAUUAAGCAGUCCAAAGUGUCAGCAGACGACCGCUGCAAGGUCCUCAUCAGUUCUCUGCAGGACUGUCUUCACGGCAUCGAAUCAAAAAGCUACGGCUCUGCCUCCAGGCGAGAGCGUUCCAGGGAACGUGACCACAGCCGCUCAAGGGAAAAGAGCAGACGCCACAAGUCCCGCAGUCGGGAUCGGCAUGAGGACUAUUACCGAGAACGCAGCCGAGAGCGUGACCGCCAUCGUGAGAGGGACAGGGACCGAGACCGGGAAAGAGAGAGGGAGAGGGAGUACAGACACCGCUAGGCGAGAGGGGAGCUAACAAGGAUCAAGGAUGGAUGGAAAGGAGGAAGGACUUCAGUGCGCCACCACCUCCCCACCCUGCAUGACCGGACAGGAUUACAACCACAGCCGCCACCUCUUCCUCCACCCCUCCAUCUCUCCUCUCCUUCUCCACCCAUCCUUCUCUCUGUCUGUUCAUCUUGUCUGCCUGACUAAGAGCAGUGGAUGGAAGACCCUGACCCUGUGUAAGGCUAUGUUAUCCAAGCAGCUUAUACUCAUGGUAACUAAAGAUGAAAGGAAAAAGAAACUUUCCAACCAGCUCUUUUAUUUUUAUGUUUUAUUUGACAUGAAGAUGAGUAUGUGUGAUGCUUCAUUCGCAAACAAACAAUAAAAUGGCCCGCACGACCCUCAAAUAGAAGACACAAACAUUACAUCUUUUUUUUUUUUCUUUUUUCCUUGGCUCGCUGUACCGUGUACAUUCAGUUUAGAGACCAGUUUUUAUAGGGUACAUGUUUGAUGUUUUCUCCCCACCCCUCCCUCUCAUUUAUUCUUUUCAUGGUUAGUAUGUUUGUAAAUGUCUUUCUGCUUUUGAUUAAAAAUUAGAUGGUGUUGUAAUAAAAAAUGUUUACUGAGGUA